AUGUCGGCCUACGAGUAUCCGAACUUCUCUCGCUCCGAUAUCAUUACGGUUCUCACGGAGGCUAAUAUAGCUCCCGUUAAGGAUUCCGAUCUCAAAAACCCUACUUUCGACUCCGUCUCCGAGCUUUACACCAGAAUCCUUAUCUAUCUCGACGUGCUCAACGAAGAAGACAAAGGGCAAGUUGAUUUUGCGGCUCUGGAGCAAUUGGAGAAUCCAGAUCAUCAUGCCACUUCAGUGCCGGUCAUGAAUCUUUAUGUCAAACUGAAAGAUAUGCUAGAAAUGGUGGAUUGUCCUCUGAAGAUUAAUUUGAGGGAUCUGUUACGGCCAGAUUCAGCACGAACUGAGUUUUUCAUCAGCGCACUUUUGAAUUUCGGUCUACACAAAGAUUCAAAAAUGGAACUGAUAAGACCAAAGCUAGAAGAGUUGACUCUCCUUGAUGAGCAGCGGAGGGAGUGGGAGGCAAAGAUUUCUCAGUUGAAUGCAGAGAUUGCAGAAUUCGACGAAGCCUGUGAGAGGGAUGUACCUUUUGUUCAAGAGCUAGAAACGAAUAUUGAAGAGCUCAAUCAGAAAAUAUUAGGACUGAAUAAUCAGCAGCUCUCGCUGCGAGAAACCUUCCAGAAAAUGAGAGAGAGGAGUGCACAAAUGGAUAACGAGAUUUCUAAAGCAGAGUUUGACCUUGUGCAAACAGUCCAAGAAAACGCAAACCUCCGCUCACAGAUUGUUCAAUCCCCAGACAAGUUGCAGGGGCUUUUAGAAGAGAAGAAACAAGUUUUGGGGGAAACAAAGAAAGCUGAACAAUCAGCAAUGGAAACAUUCCAGGAAAAGGCUGCCAUUCUCGAGGUUUAUGAAAAGGCAUUCAAGAAAAUGUCAAAGACAUCUGCGCAACUGCAAUUAAUCAACGAACAGGUAACAAAUGUGAAAGCAAUUGAGAAAGAUUUAAAAGCUCAGAAAGCUAAGCUGAGUGAAGAUGGAGCAGCAUACAAAUCACUUGAGGCGAAAGUGGUUGAGCGGGAAAGAGUAGGCAAGUCUUGGUUUUAUUUCUUCUCUCUUUGGAUAUUGUUUCCCACUUCUGUUUCUGGUACGGAGGCUGUAGUUUUUUCUCUUCUUUCAACAGUGAAACAGUUGCACGAAUCACUGAAGCAGUUAGAGAAAGAAAAACAAGUCAUGUUUGAUGAUUGGACGAAACAAUUGAACGAAUUAAAACUCGAAGUUGAAUCCAAAAGACGUCAACUUGAAGCCAGGCAAUCGGAUGUUGAAUCAUUAGUAGCUAUGGUCGAUGACAAUACAGCCAAGACUAACCAGAUGAAACAGUUAGGAGAAGCUAAAGUCAAACAGUUAGCCGCUAAAUAUGAAGAGAUCGUGAAGCAGUUUCACGAAUACACGGUGUCGUUUGGAGCGUUUCUGCCAAGCUUCUAG